CCUCCCGGCCGCUGCUGGCGCCCACAGAAGGUAAGGCUGCAGGGGUGUGUGGGGCACGCAGGGGCUAGGCGAGGGGUGGAGGAGGCUGAUGGUGGUCACAGGAGCAGGGCUGCCUGCGGACCCCUUCCCCAGCACAGGCCAUGGGCAGGAGCCCUGCCGCCUGCCCCAGGGUCAGCUGGUCUGGGGCAGCGGCUUGACUGGCCUGGUCUGGGAGUCCACGCCCUGGCCUCAUGAGUCCCCAUGCUGUCCCUGCAGGAUUUCCUGGGACAAGCGUUCCUGGCCCUGGGAGAGGUGAUCGGAGGUCAGGGCAGCCGCGUGGAGCGACCCCUCACGGGUGUGCCAGGGAAGAAGUGUGGGACCAUCCUGCUGACCGCAGAGGAACUUAGCAACUGUCGGGACAUUGCCACCAUGCAGCUCUGUGCAAACAAGCUGGACAAGAAGGACUUCUUCGGGAAGUCAGACCCCUUCCUUGUGUUUUACAGAAGCAAUGAAGAUGGCACGUUCACCAUCUGCCACAAGACAGAGGUUGUGAAAAACACGCUGAAUCCCGUGUGGCAGCCGUUCAGCAUCCCCGUGCGGGCUCUGUGCAAUGGAGACUACGACAGAACGGUGAAGAUUGAUGUGUAUGACUGGGACCGGGACGGAAGCCAUGAUUUUAUUGGUGAGUUCACCACCAGCUACCGGGAGCUGAGCAAGGCCCAGAACCAGUUCACGGUUUACGAGGUGAGCGCUCCAGCCCCGCCCAGGUGGCCCAGGCCUGUAUCCCCCUGCGCUCUGUCCUCUGCACGGCUGCCUUCCCCCACCCAGGUACUGAACCCCCGGAAGAAGUGUAAGAAGAAGAAAUAUGUCAACUCGGGGACUGUGAGUGCCCUGGGGCCCCGGCUGCUCGGUUUCCCUCCCAUUAACACAGCAUGGCGAACGCUGGGGCAGGGACACCAGUGGCGCCACUUAAGGUUUUGCUUUAUAUUUUUUCUCACCCAGGAAAACGUUUUGAUCUUUUGCAGAAUGAAUAAGAUAACCCUACGUCAUAUUUCCCAAGUUACUGUACUUUCGGGAAUCCGAGUGUUUCUGACGAUGUCCCUUUGUUGUCCCUUCAGACACUGCGCGGGGUGGGACAGCUUGGGGCAUGGGGUGGGAUCAGUGCCCUGUCCCUUCUGCCACACCCGCCCUUUGCCAAGUGGCGGGGCUGCCUCUCCUGUCCCCCAGGUGACGCUGCUCUCCUUCUCGGUGGACUCUGAAUUCACCUUUGUCGAUUACAUCAAGGGAGGGACACAGCUGAACUUCACCGUAGCUAUUGACUUCACGGCUUCCAACGGGAAUCCUCUGCAGCCCACCUCCCUGCACUACAUGAGUCCCUACCAGCUCAGCGCCUAUGCCAUGGCCCUCAAGGCGGUGGGAGAGAUCAUCCAGGACUACGACAGUGACAAGCUGUUCCCCGCCUACGGCUUCGGGGCCAAGCUGCCUCCCGAGGGAAGGAUCUCCCACCAGUUUCCGCUGAACAACAACGAUGAGGACCCCAGCUGUGCGGGCAUCGAGGGUGUGCUGGAGAGCUACUUCCAGAGCCUGCGCACAGUGCAGCUGUACGGGCCCACCUACUUCGCGCCUGUCAUCAACCAGGUGGCCAGGGCUGCAGCCAAGAUCUCCGAUGGUUCUCAGUACUAUGUUCUGCUCAUCAUCACCGACGGGGUCAUCUCCGACAUGACACAGACCAAGGAGGCCAUCGUCAGCGCCUCCUCGCUGCCCAUGUCCAUCAUCAUCGUCGGUGUGGGACCGGCCAUGUUUGAGGCCAUGGAGGAGUUGGACGGUGACGAUGUGCGCGUGUCCUCCAGGGGGCGCUAUGCGGAGCGGGACAUCGUUCAGUUUGUCCCAUUCCGAGACUACGUGGACCGCUCCGGAAACCAGGUGCUGAGCAUGGCCCGCCUGGCCAAGGACGUGCUGGCCGAGAUCCCCGAACAGCUGCUGUCCUAUAUGCGCACCAGGGACAUCCAGCCCCGGCCCCCGCCGCCCGCCGGCUCCAGCCCAGCCCCAGCCCCAGGGCAGCCCUGAGGACUCGCACCCGCUGCCGCUGCUGGAAGCCAGGGCCCGUCCCCGGGCGGCCCGGCGCGCUCGCCACCUCCCUGCGCUGUGCCAGUAAUAAAGCUGAUAUCGACUCGGCUCUGCCUGCUGGG